ACAGGUGGAGAGGGAGAGCUAUCAAAAGAGGGCAAUAAAAAGAAGCAGGGGGUCCAGUGAAAUAUUAGACAGAGUAUUUCAGAUUUGCUGGAGAUAUAAUAGAGAUCAAAUCUGUGGAUGAAUUGCAGAUCUCAUUCAUAGCCAAUUUCUUCAAGUUUGGUCUUGAGAGGAUCUUGGAUUUUUAUUUUUUAUUUUUUUGCAAACACAUCCACACCUGAACAAAAAUGCAACACAUGUGGCUCUCUCUUCUAUCUGGCCUCUGCCUUAACCUGGUUUUCCUUUGCAGUGCCGAGGAAGGUCUAGAGUUCCCCAAUUUUGACGGGAAAGACAGGGUGAUGGACAUCAAUGAGCGCAACUACAAAAAGGCUCUGAAGAGAUAUGACCUGCUGUGCCUGUUCUACCACGAACCUCUGCCGGCCAACAAGGGUCUUCAGAAGAGGUUCCAGAUGACAGAGCUGGUGCUGGAGCUUACAGCUCAAGUCCUGGAGAACAAAGACAUCGGUUUUGGAAUGGUGGACUCCCAGAAGGAUGUCAAAGUGGCCAAGAAACUGGGAUUGGAGGAGGUGGGCAGCUUGUAUGUGUUCAAGGACGACCGUGUGAUUGAGUUUGACGGGGAGCUCUCAGCAGACACUCUGGUGGAGUUCCUGUUGGAUGUGUUGGAGGACCCAGUAGAGAUGAUCAAUAAUGCCAUGGAGGUGCGAGCCUUUGAGAGGAUGGAGGAAGACAUCCGCCUCAUUGGUUAUUUCAAAGGAGAAGAUUCAUAUUUCAAGGCUUUCCAGGAAGCCUCAGAGCGGUUUCAGCCUUACAUCAAGUUUUUUGCUACAUUUGAUAAAUCUGUAGCCAAACAUCUUUCCCUAAAGAUGAAUGAAGUUAAUUUCUAUGAGCCAUUCAUGGAGGAGCCGGCCAUCGUGCCUGGAAGACCUCUAUCCGAGAUAGACAUUGUUGAAUAUGUAACCCAGCACAGAAGAGCUACUUUGAGGAAGCUCCGGGCUGAGAAUAUGUUUGAGACAUGGGAAGAUGAUAUGGAUGGAAUACAUAUUGUUGCCUUUGCUGAGGAAGAAGAUCCAGAUGGCUAUGAGUUCCUAGAAAUCCUGAAAGAUGUGGCCAGAGACAAUACCAACAACCCAGAGCUGAGUAUUGUCUGGAUCGACCCUGAUGACUUCCCUCUGUUGACCACUUAUUGGGAAAAAACCUUUAAGUUGGACCUGUUUAGACCUCAGAUUGGUGUGGUCAAUGUGACAGAUGCAGAUAGUGUCUGGCUGGACAUGUCCAAUGAUGAGGACCUGCCCACUGCAGAGGAGCUGGAGGACUGGAUAGAGGAUGUCCUGUCAGGGAGGGUGAACACGGAGGACGACGAUGAGUCCGCUGAUGAGCCCGAAAACCCUGACAGCUACAUCACGGAAGACAGCGAUGAAAUUCAUGACCUAGAUGAAGGAGAUAAUGACGAUAACUACAACUGACCCUCAAAGCUUUAUAUCCGUGCAGAUCAGACCUGAACUAGCUUGGAACAUCAGAAUAUGAGAUUGUAGAUGAAUUCAGAUGUCUCUCUUUUUUCCUAAUGACUUUAAAAAUGCUAAAUUAAACAAAUUCUAAAACAUAGAUGGUGUAGAUGUUAGAUGUUUUUGACUAUGGUUGUAAAACCAAAGUAACAAAUUAAGAGAUGCUAAGACAUCCCAUGAAGCUGACAGGAAUUAUUCAGUGCGGUGAUACAUUUUUGUGUGUUUCUGACUCAUGACACGUAGUGAUUUGACCCGCAUUUUUAAAAUACAACAACAACAAAAAAUUAUUUUUAGCAACUUUAAGGUUUACGUGACCAAGAUAGCAAUGGCAACUUCUGAGUGUAUGCAUGUCUGUGAAAAUAAAUGUCAACCAUUAAAGCUCAAACUGUUUCUUGUGACUCAAU